AUGCCGCGUGCGAGCGCGCACGGACGACGGCGGGGGGUGAAGGGGGCGUACGACGACGCCGUGGGGGGCGCGACGACGUCCGGGACCGCGGUGAGCGUGGACGACGUCGUGAAACUGGGCACGCUGUUGAUGUUGGCGAAAACCGUGAACGAUUGGUACGCGCACACGUACGGAUUGAACCCGUUGGGGCGGGCGAGGGCGUUCUUGGGACGAUGUUGGAGAGAUCUACGCGGCGGGGGGGGGCGCGGGAGCGGAGGGAAGAGGGUGAGCGGGAAAGCGUUCAAAGGGAAGGGGCGACGCGUCGGGAAAAAGUGA